UUAUAUCGUUGUCAGUUAAAACUGUGAAUAUGUGGUGUUAAGUUUUUCUAUUUCGUUCCAUAAUUUUUUUGAACCCUGGACUUUUUAUUUAUAUUUUGAAAAAUAUGAUAAAAUACUUUUGACUAUACCGGUAUUUACAACAAUUAGGUAUAAAUAAAAAUGAAAGAAACAUUCCUCUUUAUUCCAUUACUCUGUGAUAUUUAUUAAUAUUGGUAAAUAGUAAAAUUCAAAUUAUGACUGUGACGUACACCGGUGAAGUAGCUACCUGUCGAGGAUUUGGCACCUUUCUUAAAGUUUUGUAUAGAUGGCGUGGAAGUAUCUACAAGCUAGUAUGGCUGGACCUCUUCGUGUUCUUGCUGUUAUAUUAUACGUUGAGUUUGACGUAUCGUUUAUUACUAGAUGAAAAUUCCAAAAGGAUAUUCGAAGGUGUAGUUAACUAUUGUAGUUUUCACGGGAAUGUGAUACCGCUCUCGUUUGUAUUAGGUUUUUAUGUAACAGUGGUGAUGAACCGAUGGUGGGGUCAAUACACUACAAUCCCUUGGCCAGAUUCUAUUGCCGUUUUUGUAUCGGCGACAAUUCAUGGGCUCACUAGCACGAGGCGGUUGAUGAGGCGCACGAUCCUAAGAUACGUUUGCCUUUGUCUCACGAUGGUGCUAACUAUGAUUUCGCCUAGGGUUAAGAAAAGGUUUCCCACGCUUAUUAAUUUAGUGGAAGCUGGUUUACUGCUUGACAAUGAGAAAAUUAUACUUGACAAUUUAAAUGAGAAAUUUCCGAAGCCUUCGAAACAUUGGUUACCCAUUGUAUGGGCUACUAGUAUAGUGACGAGGGCCCGUAAAGAGGGCCGAAUAAGGGAUGAUUUUGCAGUAAAAACUAUCAUAGACGAAUUAAACAAAUUCCGGGGACAGGCUGGCCUGCUACUCAGUUAUGACACUAUAAGUGUACCACUUGUAUAUACUCAGGUAGUUACGAUAGCAGUAUACUCGUAUUUUAUAACGUCCGCCUUAGGCAGUCAAUGGGUUGACAAUAAAUUGGAGUCUCAUUCGAAUUCUAAUAUCAGUAACAUAGAUUUAUAUUUUCCAAUAUUUAAUACACUAGAAUUCUUCUUCUAUAUGGGUUGGCUAAAAGUGGCGGAGUCUUUGAUAAACCCUUUUGGAGAAGACGACGAUGACUUCGAAGUCAAUUGGUUGAUUGACAGGAAUUUGCAGGUUUCAUACAUGAUCGUAGACGAGAUGCAUCACGAACAUCCAGAGUUGAUUAGAGAUCAGUAUUGGGACGAGGUUCCUUCUGAGUUACCGUACACGAUCGCUACUGAAAACCAACGCGAGGAACACCCUGAGCACUCGACGGCUCGUGUGAACGUCCCAGUGCGGCAACGGAGCAUGGUCGCCGUCGCUCCCUCCACGGUCAAGAUCGACGAGAUGGUUCCCUCCAACACCCAACUUCAAAUGAACGAUGACGCCGCAUCCGGAAUACAUUUCAUUGUAUCACGCGGGAGUAAACGAAGUAAGAAAGAAGACCGCAAUUCUAUGGGGUCAAGCAAUUCAAUGGCGUCAUUGCAGCAGACACCCAUGACACGGAACAACUCUGUCACCUCCAUGUUGAAAAGGUUGUUCUCUAAAGAGGAACAGAGGACGGGCACAACGCCCCCGGUCAAUUCGCAAACAGACGGAGGCUCCCGAUUUACUAUAUCAGCGAGUAAUCCGACUCUAAAUAAGCCAGCCACGGCCGGCGGGGGCAGCAUGAAGAUUGCCAAUGAGGUCAUAGAGGAAGUGGACGAACAAGCUACUAUUACCAGCAUGGGCAAGCGACCUGAUACCAGACCCACUGCAAUGAGUUUGUUCUCAGCUCCUGCACCUAGUGAUCCAGUUGAUGUGCCUACCAACAAUUCUGUUCAUAGCAAUGAUCAUAGAUUAUCGUCAUCAGCGCCGACACAAUGGUCUCGUACCAAAGACGGCGAGGAUCUCAGCCCGGCGGUACAGUCGCUGACGACGCAACCGUCCUUCGCUAGUUUCGCUUCUCAACGCCCGCGACUCGACAGUGAUGUUGGACCAUCGCUCAGUGCUGCCGGCAGUCAGAUACUCAUGGACGAGGUAGACGGCGUCGAGGACACUGACGACUUUGAACGCCUACGCAGUAUCAGAGACCAACGUCGUCGCGAUAAAUAUCUGCAAAAACUUAUGGCCCGCUCUGUCAGUGCACAGCAGACUACCGGCAGCACCGAAUUGAUAGACAACGAUUUAUUGUUAGAAGAAUUAUUAACGCAGUCGGGUGCAUUGAAAAAUAAUGAUAAAUCAAAAGAAGAUAGCAAAGAGAACAAUACUUGACACAGUAGUUUUAUAUUUCAGUGGGACUAAAUUUAUACAAAAUGCAAUAUAAAUAUACAGUAUUAGAAAAAAUGUGAUAAAAUGUAAAUACAAUGCAAGCUUACAAUUCAAUAAAUUGCAAAGUUAGAUAUUUUAUAUUUACAC